CAUUAGUUGACAAAAUGGCAGAUGAUCACGUUUUGCAAACUAAACUCUUUAACUUCAUUUGCAGUAGCGGGGGUUUUGUCGACUUAGCUGUUAUUUUAAAGCCAUCGUCGCCUUUAGGAAGCAGAAAAAGCCAAGAGUCAGCCAAGAAAUGGUUGGAAAGUCGUCAAGGACCUCAGGCUGGUUUCGCCUGUGUCUUAGACCAAAAUGGCGAAAUCACUGGUGUACGAGUUCAUUUGCGAAAGAAAGUUUGUUACAGAUAUGCGACAAAAGGGGUCUGUCGCUUUCGAGGACGUAAGAAAGGCAACUGCAAAUACUGGCACAUUUGUAAAACCUUCUUGGAAGGGAAAUGUAACGAAUUUUGUAAGCUUUCGCAUGAUUUUUACAGCGACGAUAACUGGGAAAUAGCGGAAAACCAUAACCUUCCUGAAGAUAAAUAUUCAAACGGCGCAAUGAAGAAAAUUGUGUCUUGGAGCUUGCCACAGGUUUGUGAGUUGUAUCAAAGAAAUGAAUGUGCAUGGAGCGAAUGUCCUUAUGUUCAUGUUUGUGCCCAGUUUAUUCAAGAAUCGUCGCAUUCAAAUUGUGUCUUGUCACAUGAUUUACAAGACUUUCAUAACUUCACGAUUCUCGAGAAAUAUGACUUGGUACCAUCCAGUAAAGUAAUUAACAUUGAUUUUGUUCGAUGUAAUGUAUUGAGGGUAAAUGAACAGAAACGCAUCAAGCCCAUAGCUGUUGUCAGUUCUGAUCCGGCAAGAUCACAGACUUCGUUACAGUCCUCACAAGCUCAAAGGGUUUCUGGAUUUAAGCCUUCGGUUCCCUGGACCCCUUGUUUUCCAACCGAAUGGAGAGUUUUCGAAUGUCUGUGUAAAGAACAUGGCUCAUCGGCUUCUUUCCAAAAUAUUGCAGGUCGGAAGGAUUUAUUCCCUAAUGGAGCAGAGAGCGCCGAACGAUGGUUUCGUGAAGCGAAGCAGGGAAGCUUCUUGAUUACCAGAGGUAGCCAAGGAACGAUUGCAGAAGUCAGGGCUUUCUCCGCAAAAGCUCGCAUUUGUGUGACUUACAAUGAGAAUGGAAGAUGCCACAGAUGUGAGUGCUCAUGUCUGCAUAUUUGUAGAGAUUUCCUCAUUGACUCUUGUAGCAAUGGUGUAACAUGUCCGCUAAAUCACCACUUUCACAAUCAGAGAGACGAGGCCUUUCUGAUCAGAAUCAAGCUUGACCAGUUUACCGACCAGCAGCUCCAACAGCUUGUACUGUCCUCAACACCUCGGAUUUGUGUCGAAUACAACAAUGGCAUUUGCAAUCGUGGUGAUAAUUGCAACAGGAUUCACAUGUGUUGUGGUCAUAUCAGGAAAUGUUGCAGUGAUAUGAAAGAAUGCGGCUUGGAUCAUGCGGAAGCCAUGGACACUCACCACACUCAGGCAGUUCUUGAGCGUUAUUUGCUACACAACGUCGGCAAGCAUGAAGCAAAAACGAUGAUUCUUGAUGAUAAACUUUGUCUUUCAGGCAGAGAGAAAGCAAAGGGACACAUACACAAGGACAAGCCAGGUGCUUACAUCUGCUCAGGAUUUCUUAUUGACGAAUGUCAAGUAGGCACGAGAUGCCCACAGCAUCACUUAUAUAAGCCAUACCACUGGCAGUACAAAGUGUUUCAGUCCGAUGAAUGGAAAAGCUUUGUUGAUACGGACAGCUUUGCGCUGGAGAAGUUCUAUUGCGACGUGAAUGUCGAGGCGCCAGUUAAUUUCAAUCCAGCACAAUCUCUUGACCUCUCUUCUCUCCAAAGAAAUUUUAGAGUCCUUGUCAAUGGAUAUGAAGUCAAGAUUGACGUAAAUGAUAUGACUAUGACCAUUUUGGAAAGAUCACCACCACGUCGCGAAUUCGCCGGAGCAUUAAGGCGGAUAUCUACCAUGCCUCGAUUAACUUUUCCUUGUGGUGCCAUGGUUACGAACUGGACAUGGUACUGGAAAGACAAUGGCAAUGUUUGGCGCAGGUACAAUGAAGAUAAUUCGGGCCAUAUUGAGCAAGCCUUUCUUGACGGCCGCCUCAAUUACAGGUUUAAAACCUCAGAGCACGAAUACAACUUAAUUUUUCAUUCAACAACUGAUAUGCAUCAAAUAAAUCUGAAACUUGGAACCAAGAGGGCGGUUAAGAGACGACCCGAAAAAGCUUUAACAAAUGAGGACAUUGAGGACUUGAUAUGGGCUUACGGGGAUUCCUCUAGAAGGAGAAAGAUAGAAAACAGAACAGCAAGAUAUGACGUUCCAAACCAUUGGUCUUCCAUGCCACCCAGUGGGCAGUAUAUUCGCGUCAUGUUAGCGACAUCAUCGGAGGAAUAUAAAGAAGUGGAACAAUUGUUCCGAAAGUCGAUUAACGACUACAUUUCAAUCGAAAGGAUCGAGCGUGUACAGAACCCUUUCAUGUGGGAGAAGUAUUGCAGGAAGAAACAGAAUAUGAGGUUAAUAGCUAGAAGAAAUCGCCAGGCUGUCGAUGAGAAGAACCUGUUUCACGGAACCAGUCCAGACUCGGUGGAGGCCAUCUGCAAACAAAACUUUGAUUGGCGUCUACACGGAAGAAACGCUUCCAAGUAUGGUGAAGGAAGCUAUUUUGCAGUCAAUGCAUCUUACAGCCAUUCCUACGCAAAGAGAGAUGGCAAUAUGUCUCAAUUCAUGUUCUUGACCAAAGUUCUCGUUGGCUCAUAUACAGAGGGUCAUUCCAGUUAUCGGAGACCACCGCCGAAGCAACCAUUAGAUCCCGCCAGCGAUUUGUACGACUCUUGUGUAGAUAACAAGUCCAAUCCAACAAUCUUCGUGGUCUUUGACACCGAUCAGUUCUACCCAGAGUACAUAAUCCAAUAUUCCUCUGCUCCGCAGAAAUUACCCACUAGAAAUUCGACAGCAAGACUCCAGCCGAAACCUUUAAGUAUUCAAACCUCUCUUAGUAGCCUCAGCACAGUAUCUAAACCGAGCCUACCUACCGGCAACAAUAGCAGCUAUUCAGUUUCCGCUGUAUCUACACAGCCUAAAGCACCCACUAGAAAUAUGGUAGCAAGGCCCCAGCCGAAACCUUUAAGUACUCAAACUUCCUAUAAUAUCCCCAGCGCAAUAUCUAAACUGAGCCUACCUGCCGACAACAGAAGUAGCUAUUCAGCUCAUGAUGUAUCUGCACAGCCGAAAACAUCCACUCGAAAUACCACAAGACCCCAGCCGAAUCGUUCAAGCUUUCAAACCACCCACGAUAACUUCAACACAGUAUCAAGGCCAAGUCUACUUGCUAGUAGUAGUACUAGCUAUUUAGCUCUCCCCGCAUCCAGAUCAAGUAUUGCCAGCACCGAUGCAACACCCUUCUCAAGGAAUCUAGGCACCGCUCCCAACGCUAAUGGAUCUACCGGUCGUGGUGGUCAUUCUACAGUUUCCCAAGCAUCCUCGCAGCAACCACCAUCAACUACCAUGCCAGUAUUUCCAACCUCUCAAACGUACCCUCGUGGGAUUUUGAAGAAGCCUUCCACCAGUAAUAGUAGUCUGCCACUACCUCUUGGUCGAAUGGAUCUUUAGUGAGUAAUGAUAAGCAAACUGUGUCCCAAACAACAUCUGGAGCAACCCUUGUACCCAGGGCUACAUCUGCUCAAACCAACCACCAAGAAUUUCCAAAGCAACAACACAUCACAUCCUGUAAAGCAAAUGAAGCAAGCGAAAGUAGCAGCUCAUCAGCCAAUGGAAACCCGACAAAUACAAGUAAUCUCGACGAAGCAUUUUCUCCGAGCCGAUUGCUGAGAGAUUUGCGAGAUGAAUUGCUCUCACAUCGUUUCAAUUCGGAAUCGAGUGCUUCUCAUGAAAAACCAUCUGGAUCUUCAGGGAGUAACCAUAGUUCGCAAGCAGCAGGCCACCCCAAAAAGAAAAAGGAGUGCAUGAUCAUGUAACGUAAAAGUAUCUUCACUUAAACAUUUCAGGGUCUAACUCCUUUAUCUCCACGUUUUUGCGCAAAUAUUACUGCCGUUACAAAUGUCUCCAAAAAAUUCGAGUGCAAAACUGUCCUUUCACUGCCUUGUUCUAUAAUCUUCUGCUUGAUAUCCUUAGUGUACAGUUAGGUCUGUUUUCUAACAGCAAACAGCCUUGGUUACUGUAUUUGCUUGAUUGAACACCGCGGAUGGAAGUAUAUUACGACUAAACGCCGCCUGCGAAUACACACCCUAUUACAUCGCAGGAAAGCGAUGUUUAUUGGAAGGUUAAGCAAAAGAACAAGUACGAUACAACUCAAUAAUCCUUUCACCAUACCCAGUUUUUGGACAAAUAAAGUACAUGCAAAAAAAAUUUCUAGUCCAUCUAAGCAAGAAAAAGGGAGACUGUAACUUUGUUGAAAAUGAUUUGAAGAAAUUUGAUUCUAGAAUGCCGCACGGCCAGAGACAUAGAAUUCAGUGGGAGGCCUUGGCCAGUCCUGGCUGUGACGUUCAUUCGAUUAAAUGAAGUAGAAAUGAAUUCGUAGUGGGAGCCAGUUGUUAGGUAACAAGACGAUCCUAGAUCGUAAGUCGGGCUACAGGGAGACGUGCUGUUAUGAGUGUUGACCAUUCGUGGUGCGAAGUGGUUCUAAAAAGAA